AUGCGCAGCAUCUGCCAGCUGUCUCGAAGAUGGCACCAACAAUUCUGUCUGUCUCCGAGUUUCGCGGGACAUCAACUCUGCCUGCAACAUCUCCAACCGGUGCGACAGUAUCGCCAAACCGCUCGCUCACGUCCUCUUCCUCCGCGCAAGCCGCCGACCGCGUCUCUGGCGCAGGCAGAUAUUCAUGAAUUCGAACAACAGGGCGAGGAUGCGUCCACCAGACUUCCGGUCCGCGACCUUCUAGACGACGAGACACAUGCCUUGAAGGCAGAGUUGGACAAACUGGAUCGCGAACUCGCGGUCAUGCGAGAAGGGCCUUUCGGUCGGAACAGCGAGUUCAUGCGAUCUUUCCCCGUCGACGAGAGGGAAGAACUGCUGAAAGCACUGGAAGAAGAGGGUGUCAUGCCUCCUGAGGAUCUGGAUCUGGUAUCUGAGGAAGAUUUGGAUGAGUUGGCAAAAGAGGAGGAAGGGAAGAAACAAGCCACGAUGCCGAAAUCCGCUCUCAAGGUUACCCUUAGCAUCCCUGUCAGAGACAAGAUAUACGUCAAGCGAUUCAACACCGCAUUGGAAUCAGCACAACAGAAGGUUGAUGAGAAGGCCUAUUUCACCCUGUGGAAAUGGUAUCUACGGUGCCAGCAGCAUGUUUCCAACUUUGCCUUGAUACUGCCUGAGGAUGUCUGGCAUUUCCUCUGGAAGUCACAAAGCACGAUCUAUUACAGGCCCAAACACCUCCAAAUGUUGGGCAAGGAUAUGAUGAAAGCAGAUGUGCCGCUGGAAGACAAAGAGUGGAUUGAAUAUAUCGAUGCGCUGCAGGCUACAGGGAAUAUCGCCGCCGCUGCAGAAGCCUGGGAAGCGCAGAGGCCCAGAUUGGGCCUUAAAGAGGAUCUUGCGGGGCUGUUCUGGAUCACCGGUGUUCGGCUCUAUGUGCAACUUGGGAGGCCGCAAAAGGCGCAGCGUUUAGCAUUUGAAUGCUAUGACCACACGACAAUGAUCGACCCCGAAGUCCUUGUCAUGGUCAUCUCUGCCUGGGCCAAAAGUCAAAGCCCUUCUGCCGACUCCAAGACGUGGUUUUGCUACCUGGAGCUGCGGAAGAGGCUCGAGGGCAGGGAAGACCAGAAGACGACGGUAGACGUCCUGGGUCGACUUAGUAGUGCCCUACUUGAUGCUGGCCGUACUGAUCUUGCUCUGUCGGUCUUUAAAGAUAUGUUCAUGCUUACAGCCAAGUCGCCAACCGACUCACUGAGGAUCUUCAGGGAGCUUAGCAAAGAGGCGAGUCAAUCUCAGUCACCCAGUGAGCAACUCGUCAAUCAGAUUGGGUUGUCUUCCCUAGCCCUCUUCCCCCGCAGGUUCCACAACAAAUAUUUCUUUGCAGCGUGGAUCAAAUGGCUCCUUGGUGAGGGAAGAACCGACGAGGCUGCCGUGGUCGUUGACCUUAUGUAUGAGCGUGGAAUUCGACCCGAUGCUGGGCCAUUGAAUGGCCUUAUAGCGGCUUGGUUCCGUCAAGGCUCGCCAACUACCCGUCAAAAGGCCGAGGAGACCGCAUGGGCCAUGAUACAAUCCCGGGUUGAAGUGGUUCAGAAGCGGCUUUCGAAGGCAGACAAUACCGGUACUACCAAUCUCGCCUCCUCGAUUGAGGGUCGGCGGACCCCUUUUUUCCUCAAACGAGGGGCGCCGGUUGCAACAAUUGAGACGUUCUCCAUCUUGCUACAACAUUACACUCGCCGCUCAGAUCUGGCCAAUGCCAGUCAUCUCACCGACGUCAUGACUGGUUCGGCUCAGAUCAAACCAAAUUCAUUCAUCAUGAACCAUUGGCUUUAUGCUUCGCUGCGAUCGGGCCAGAUCCCGGAUGUCUGGAGCAAAUAUUCGACCUUGAAGCAAUCUAUCUCCCCUGACCUCGAGACGUUCGCGGCGCUAUGGGAUACCGCCAAGCAAUGUUAUUCAUUCCCUCACCGACAUCAGGGCGGGUUUCCUCACGCUCGAAUGCUCUUUGCGGAGAUGCAGGAAUGGUUUGGUGGCCUCGACCGCAAGAGGAAAACCGCCGCCCAAGCGGACUUUUCUUCUGAAUUGUACGAACAGAUCAUCCGCUGUUUCUGCCUCUCCUCCGACCCCUUGGGUACUCUCUGCGCGCUCCACGGCCUCCGCGAGUCUUUCAACAUGUUGCCGCACGAGGAAGUCAGCCGCUUGAUAAUCAUGCAGGUCGCGCGUUCUUUCGCCUCCGACUUCGCGCCACUCAAAACCCGCGCUCCUCGCGGCCUGCGAAUGAAGAAGAACCUCCAGUACCAAAGCGCGGUCAAGACGCUCACGGAGAUCGUCGUCGCCAUCAGCGACAAAAUGGUGCAAGAAAAGGACAUCGUCAACCCCGAGGCCGUGGAGCAGAUUGAAAGCCAGCCCGCGAAAGAGCUCAGGCUCGAUGUGUUGUCGGCUUUUUUGUGUCUUGUCAUUGAGAAGAGAAUGAAAAGUGCGGCGACGACUCAGGGAGAGGGAGUCCUGGCGCAAGAGAUCGCAAGGGUUGCGGACCAGAUGAGGACGAAGGUCCCGUCUGAGGCGCUGGUGCAGCGGGACUGGAGCGACGUGGAGGUUUCAAUGUAA